AUGAGCGCUUCACGGCCGGUAUGCCGCGCCCUUCGAGCUGCACAGAGAAUACGCCCCUUGUCGGCGGCAGCGCCAAGGCGCCCGUCUUUCUUCACCAACCUUCACCUCCGACGCUAUUCAGCAGUCUCUGCCGCCGAGUUGCAGUUCGGGCAGCCGGUGCAUGAGACUCACCCUCACAUUCUUGAGGCCGGCGAGAUCACACCCGGUGUCACGGCUCAGGAAUACUGGGAACGUCGCGCCCGGCUUGCCGAGAAGCUUCCGGACAAUGGCGUCGCCGUCCUCGUCGCCGCCGACCUCAAAUACCGAUCCGGCGCUGUCUUCUUUCCCUACCGCCAAGAAUCCAACUUCCUCUACCUCACUGGCUGGAAUGAGAGUGACUCAGUUGCCGUCAUUCAGAAAACCGGCAAAAACUUUGGCGACUUCAUCUUUCACCUCUUCACGAAGCCAAAGGACCCCGUCGCCGAGCAGUGGAUGGGGCCCCGCAACGGUGUCCAGGCCGCUGUCGACAUAUUCAACGCCGACAAGGCCGCCGACAUCGCCAAGAUCGACCGUCACCUGCCUGAGAUCCUCAAGGGUGCCAGUCGCGUCUAUGCCGACAUCGAGAAACCGCGACAGGGCGAGCAGGAAGGCAAGCUCUGGCAGUUGAUGAAGGCCGACAAGUCCUGGUUUCCCUCGGCUAAGCUGCCUCUGUACCCCCUCGUCAACUCUCUGAGAGCCAUCAAGUCCCCGGCUGAGGUCACCAACAUGCGCCGCGCCGGCCAGAUCUCGGGCCGCGUCAUCACCGACGCCAUGCGGAGGUCAUGGACCCGCGAGAAGGACCUGCAUGCUUUCCUCGACUACCGCUUCACUGCCGACGGCUGCGAUGGCCCGGCCUACGUCCCCGUUGUUGCUGGCGGCCAGAACGGUCUCUGCAUUCACUACGUUGUAAAUAACAACGUCCUCCGCGACGGCGAGAUGGUCCUCGUCGACGCCGGCGGCGAGUACGGUACCUACAUCACCGAUAUUUCCCGUACCUGGCCCGUGAACGGCAAGUUCACGCCGGAACAGAGAGACCUCUAUGAAGCUGUGCUCACGGUCCAGCGCUCUAGCAUCUCGCUGUGCCGGGAGAACGCCAACCUCUCUCUAGACGACAUCCAUGACCACACGUCGGCAGGACUGCUCGAGCAGCUCAAGUGCCUGGGCUUCGACAUAACGACACGAGAUAUAGACGUCUUGUUUCCCCACCACGUCGGUCACUAUAUCGGCUUGGAUGUCCACGAUGUGCCGGGCUACGGCAGAAAGACUCCUUUAAAGAAGGGUCACUGCGUGACCAUUGAGCCAGGAAUCUAUGUCCCAGACACGGACCGGUGGCCGGAACACUUCCGGGGCCUCGGCGUGCGGAUCGAGGACAGCAUCUGCGUGGAUGAGGACUCGCCGUACAUCCUUACGACAGAAGCUGUCAAGGAGAUCGCCGAUAUUGAGGCUCUGAGAGACUGA